UUUCCGGAGAAAAAACUAUACGUCCAACGACGCCGUUGGAUAGGCAGGAAAAAACCACAAACACCACGCCACCACUACCAGUCAUCACUCUCCGAUCGGAAACAACCCCCAAAAUGGAGAAACCAUCAGAGAAAUCAACGAAGAAGCAGCCAUGGUUUUGGAGCUCCGCCGUAGCUUCAGUAAUACUUAGAUUAGUACUCAUAGUCUAUUUCCCCAACACUCUCAACUUCUCCUCCCGUCCCGAGGUCUCCACUCCCCUAACCAGCCUUCGCCGCCUGGCGGAAGGUUAUUGGCUAAAGCAGUCGUCGAUGUCGCCGUAUGCUGGUUCAAUGUACCAUGGAUCUCCUCUCCUGUUAUCGAUCCUUGGACCUCUUACUAUUGAUAGAGGUGAAGGGAAGUCAAAUCAUCUUUUAUGCGGUCUGGCAUUUGUCAUUGCAGAUUUCAUCACUGCAAUACUCAUUCGUGCAAUUGGCCAGCUUCUUCAAGUAGCAGAUACCAAGAGCCUGAAAUCUUUAGGAGCCACUACACAUCUUAAUGUUUCAGAAAAUUUUCCAUCUGGUGACAUAGCUGCUCUUGUUUACUUAUGGAAUCCUUUGACCAUCAUCACAUGUCUGGGAUAUUCAACAUCACCAAUCGAAAAUCUAGUGACUGUAUUAUCAAUAUAUGGGGCUUGCAUGAGACUUGUUCCAUUGGCUGCUUUUGGAUGGGUGAUUGCAUCUCAUUUGUCUCUCUAUCCUGUUAUUCUAGUCAUUCCUUUGGUUCUUUUAGUAGGUUCUGGACUUGAUACACCACCAAGGAAACUGUUCCCAUAUAUUGAUGAUGAUCAGAUUCAGAAUAAAAAAUCAUCAAAUCAAAUAAUUUUCUCAUGGAGACGAGUUUUUCUUUUCUUUUUGUGGGCUUCCAUUUGGGCAUUUUAUGUCCUAAUCCUAUGUGGCAUUUCUCUAAAAGAUUACAGUAGUCUUGGGGAGAUGUUCAAAAGAACUUAUGGGUUUAUUCUGAGUGUAGAAGAUUUAUCUCCAAACAUUGGUGUCUUGUGGUACUUCUUUGCAGAAGUUUUUGAUUUUUUCAGAAAUUUCUUUUUGAUGGUGUUUCACAUAAACAUUCUUUUCAUGGUGCUUCCACUUGCUAUACGCUUACAUCAUCGACCUUGCUUUUUAGCAUUUGUCUACAUUGCAAUCUCUUCAAUCCUCAAAUCCUACCCUUCGGUUGGAGAUUCAGCUCUUUACUUGGGUCUACUGAGCUUGUUUGUGAAUGCACUAGCUGAUAUGCAGUUUUCUUUUUUUCUUUUCUCUGGGUAUUUGGGGACUUUACUUCUUAGCCCUGUGAUGCACAAUUUAUGGAUAUGGAGGGGAACUGGAAAUGCAAAUUUCUACUAUGCUACUGCAAUGGCUUAUGCUUGCUUUCAGAUUAUCUUGGUGGUGGAGAGUGUGAGCUCGAUGUUGAACCAUGAUCGGGCUUUAAAGAAAUGUACUACAACGGUUACCAAGAAAGUACAAUAGUACAAACGGAAUCCCAAACUCAUUUUCAAGGGCAAUCUAGACUUUUAACCACUUUUUUUUAGAUUUUAUUUUUUUUGUAUUACAGUAUUUUGUAUAAACAAAUUUGAGUAGAAUACGUUCACUGGAAUCUAAAAGGGAGUUCAAAUUUAGGUAUUACCCCAUGCACCUAUGACAAUUAUGAAUGAAUCAAAGUUCUUAUGAUUUUUUAUCGAUUACUACA